AUGGGAGGUCAACGCCCACACGUCGAGAUCGCAGCCGUCAUCCCUGAUGGACAAGGAAAGAUCGUCAUCGGAAAGAGAAAGGGCAAGACUGGCACAGGACUCUAUGAGCUCCCAGGUGGCAACCUGGAAUUUGGAGAGGACAUUUUCUCCAGCAUCAAGAGAGAGGUCCUUGAAGAGACUGGCCUCAAGAUCGUUCCCAAGAAGAUCAUCGCGUACACCAACGAUAUCCAGAAGGCAGAGGAAAAGCAUGAAGUGACUCUCUACGUGCUUUCGGAGCGAGAGGACUCGUCUCAGCAGCCUGAGACGAAGGAGCCCCACAAGAUUGAAGGUUGGGAGUGGAGGGCCUGGAAGGAGAUUGCUGCCUUGGGUGAAGCGGAGCUCUACCUGCCCACACUGAACCUUGUUCGGAGCGAGCCGCAGCUGGAUUCUAAGUUUUGA